AUGGGUCUGGUGAAGUAUUCCAACUCGGGGUCGUCUGUCUGGGAUGGGAGCAGGAGUAAGAUGGAAGCUUUUUUCUCUUUCCUCCAAAAACUGUUCGUCUUUGUGUUCGUAUUGGCGACGUUUUUCCCGUACGUUCAAUAUCACGAGUUUUUACAACAAAAAGAGACGAUGCAGUCGAGUCAAGAGCAACUGGAGCGAUCGAAAUUCAAGUUAGAGAGGAAUUUAAGGGAAAUGACGACGAAAGCUUCGCACAGAGAGCAAGACGCGAGGCAGGCAGAGACGAAGUUAUCGAAAGUGGAAAAAGAGGUGAAGGAGAAAGAGAGGAGAAAUCAGGCGCUGGAGAUAUCGCAACAAACGCUGCAGAAAAAAUUAGACGGAUGCGUGAAGGAUAGAACGUCGUUAUCGGAGGAGGUAACGACGUCGACGACGAAAGUUAAUGAGGUGGCGAGAAUAGAGAGCAAAUUGGAACGGUGUAAACACGAUAAUUUAGACUUGAACGCGAUGACGAAAGAGUUGCGCACGGAACUCACGACGUUGGAGAAGGAGUUGAAGCAAGAGGUGAAACUGAGGAAGCAGGCCGAGAAAGCUUCAGCGGCGCAAAGGGAGAUGGCGACGAAGAUCAAGAAUAGUUUAUUAGCCAUGCAGCAAGCGGAGGAUAAAGCGGAGAAAGAAAAGGCGAGAGCGCAAGUGCUGAAGAGAUUAGCAAAAGCAGAAAAGGCGGCGAACGCGACGAAACGAAAAAAUGAAGAAGGCGAGGACGAAGACGAGGACGAUGCGGACGAAGUGGACGACGACUUCGAUGACGACGACGACGAGGAACUGAAACCAUUAAAAGCUAAAAGGAAAAAUAGGAAGAAAGGAGGUGACGACGAGGAAGAGGAAGAGUACGACGAUUUGGCGCACAGGAAAAUUGUAGCCGACGACGACGAAAACGUCGAGCCUGGGUCUCGAGCGCACGAAGCCGAGAAGCGUUUACGUUUCGAGAAGAAAAAGAGCAUGAAGAAAGAACGUUGGAGCGCGGGUGGUUUAGAUAAGGAUUUGAAUGGUAGACUGAAUGUCGAUAGAUUGCGCAAAACGCCCAAGUUGACUCGAGCCGAAGGCAUUCAAGGCACGUCUUCGUCGCAGAAUGCAGGCGGCUCUUCAUCCGCAGCAGAGCUCGCGCGAGCGCGCGCCAUGCGGGAUGAACCAUAG